AUGAAGGGACGAAAAGAGACGAGAAACGUGCGAGCUUCUAACGGACGCGUAUCGCUAUCAUAUCGAUCGAUCCGUUAUGGAAUAAUAUAUGUAACGCCUUGGUCAUGGCGUUGUAAAUUGUAUUGCAAUGGUGUAAACUGCAAAUACUGCUCAUGGAAACCGUGGUCCCUGAAAGAGCAGGCAAUCGAAGGGUUAUAUUCCUCAUGGAUAACUGAAAAGAUUUUGGCGAUGUCUCGACCAACUGCUAAAACAUUUACUGAUAAUAACCUGAUUGCGCAGUUCCACAAAGCAAACAUAUGUGCGGUCAUCAAUCUUCAAGCACUUGGUGAACAUGAUUCCUGUGGACCGGAGCUGCUUCCUUCUGGUUUCACAUAUAAUCCGGAAAUACUAAUGCAGAACGGAAUAAAGUUUUAUAAUUUCGUUUGGCCAGACUUCGGGAUUCUUGGAAUUGAUAUUCUUUUGGAUAUUGUGAAAGUUGUUCAUUGUUCUCUCAGACAAGGAAAGGUAGCAAUACAUUGUCACGCAGGGCUUGGCCGUACGGGUGUUGUUAUUGCUGCUUACAUGAUCUGGGCAGAAUAUUCCACAUAUGCAGAAGCUAUAAAUCGCGUUAGAACUGCAAGGCCACACUCGGUGCAGAAUAAAAAACAGAUAAGACUGGUGAAGGAUUUCGGGAUGUUUCUGGAGAAAUAUGGUGCUGCUUUACCACAGACCGGAAUGGUACACUUGAGCGAUUACAUACACAUGCAAAUGAAAAUUCUAUCUAGCAGUCAAGCCCGGAAGUAUCACCAUAUUCCUAAGGUGUUGCAUGCAGCGAUGGAAGAACUGCUACUCAUUGUCCAUGGCGAACUGGAUGGUAGGACUAAGCGGUGGAUUACAAAUAUUCUAAAAUGCGCAUCAAAGAUUGAUCGAGAAUUCCUGGAAAAGUGGCCAGCACGAUUACCGAUACCGUCGAAAGUGAAGUCGCAAGAGAUUGAUAUUUGUAUAUGCGGAGUGUUAGAGAACUGCGGUGAAAUUUUGGAUUCGAGUGAUAAAGACACAAAAAUAAUUAAAGAUGGUGGACUCAAAAUGAUUAACUGUACCAAAUUUAUACGUAAUAAUUUUCGAGGCAACAUAUUUUUGUUGCUGCGAACAUUGGAUCAGUUGAUGAAUUCAUUCACUAAACCAGUCAUUCCGAAAGAAGAACUACUUAGCAAUCUUCAACGAAACAACGAGCAUGCGGACUGGCAAUGUUUGAAUCGUUAUCUUCUGGUCACGAUGGCAUCAUUAAGCAGUGGCAAUUACAGAAACAUUGCAAAGCUUAUCAGCCGCUGGUACCUGGGUGAAUCAACAAGUGAUGACGACAUUACAAUCGCCCUACAAAACUACCUUUUACGAGCUUGA